AAAGAACUGUGCUAUAAAACUGCGUGUGUGUGGGACAGGCAAUAGUACAGUUAAACUGCACAAAUUGGCCUGUGCUAAAAAACUGAGCGUCUGUGGGAGCCUUUAUGUUCAGUCCGGCCCAAUUCGUCACGCGUCCAAGCUUUCGCGCAUGAACAGUGCGGUCCAGUACGGCACCUCGCCACCAGAAAAACAGGUCUGUACCGUGACAAUUCUCGAUGCGUGUCACGCUAUCGGCAGGCACGUCUCCCUCCUCCUCAAGCAAAACUCCUUGAUUACCGAGUUGCGUUUACACGAUCGAGACGCUGCAGUAUGCUGCGUCGCCGAAGAUUUGAGUCAUAUCGACACCCGAACAAGAAUAAAAUCCUACUGCGGCAACGGCGUGUUGAAACACGCGAUAUUAGACUCUGACAUUGUCGUCUGCAUUGGGGGCCCCAGGACGAAGCUGUCCGAGACCCCGCGGGACUUGUUCGAGAAAAACUUGGACGACGUGAGGUCCGUCGCCCUUCACUGCAUAGAAUUCAACCCUAAGGCGGUGCUUUGUAUAGCGAAACCUCCCGUGGAAGCGUUCGUACCAUUGCUGUCGGAGGAGUAUAAACGCGCAGGUGUCUACGACUUUCGUAAAAUCGUCGGUUUGUCGUCGAUACAGUGUAUGAGGGCGAACUACUACACAGCCCUAGUUACCGGACAGGACUGCUCGGAGGUCCGGUGCCCGAUAAUUGGGGGCGUCGCCGAUGAUAGCGUCGUCGCCGUCGUUUCGGCGGCCAGGCCCGCGCGCGUCCACUCGCAACACCACAAAACGAUUCAGGAUCUGCUGUCGAAAUCCGAACGAGAACUGGUUAAAUCGUAUCGGCAGAAUCAAAUAGUUUGUUUGGCGUCUGCGCUGGCCGUGUCCAGGUUCAUCGAUUCGCUGUCGAAGGCGUUAAAUGGCGCGUCAAAUUGCGUGGAGUGUGCGUUUAUUCGUCAAACAGGACACAUCGGCCAAUUUUUGCCUUAUAUGACGUCUAUCGUUAGGCUCGGUCGACAUGGAAUACUGUCGUCCCACAUGCCGAACAUCAGCGGUUACGAAGCCUUUUGCCUUAAAAGGGGAUCGCUGUACGUUAAAGAUUUGAUCAAGCUCGGCGAAUCUUUUGUCACAGGUGCAACGGCGCGCGCAACCUUUAAUUGUGAUAAAUAAAUCUAU